CCCGCGGCGGCCACGGCGGCUCCGCGCUCGGCGAACAUGGCGGCGGCGGCGGUCGGGCGGGACACUCUACCUGAGCACUGGUCCUACGGCGUGUGCCGGGACGGCCGGGUCUUCUUCAUCAAUGACCAGCUCCGCCGCACCACCUGGCUGCACCCGCGCACCGGCGAGCCCGUCAACUCCGGCCACAUGAUCCGCUCAGACCUGCCCCGCGGCUGGGAGGAGGGCUUCACGGAGGAGGGCGCCAGCUACUUCAUCGACCAUAACCAACAGACCACAGCAUUCAGGCAUCCUGUGACUGGGCAGUUUUCUCCAGAAAACAGUGAAUUUAUUCUUCAAGAAGAGCCAAACUCACAUAUGUCGAAGCAGGAGAGAAACCAAAGACCGUCCAGCAUGGUCAGUGAAACAUCCACAGCUGGGACCACAUCCACCCUGGAGGCCAAGCCUGGACCCAAGAUCAUCAAGUCCAGCAAUAAAGUCCACAGCUUUGGGAAGAGGGACCAGGCCAUUCGGAGGAACCUCAAUGUUCCAGUGGUGGUAAGGGGCUGGCUGCACAAGCAGGACAGUUCUGGAAUGAGGCUGUGGAAAAGAAGGUGGUUUGUGCUUGCUGAUUACUGCUUGUUUUACUAUAAAGACAGCCGAGAAGAAGCGGUCCUUGGGAGCAUCCCUCUGCCCAGCUACGUGAUCUCACCUGUGGCCCCUGAGGAUCGUAUCAGUCGCAAGUACUCCUUUAAGGCUGUGCACACAGGGAUGCGGGCACUUAUCUACAACAGCUCCACCAUGGGCUCCCAGGCUGAGCAGUCAGGCAUGAGGACCUACUACUUCAGUGCUGACACCCUGGAGGAUAUGAAUGCAUGGGUCAGGGCCAUGAACCAGGCUGCACAGGUGCUGUCUCGAUCAUCACUGAAGAGGGAGGCCGAGAAAGUGGAGCGGCAGGCAGUGCCCCAGGCCAACCAUACAGAGUCCUGUAGAGAAUGUGGUCGUGUAGGACCCGGACACUCCAGAGACUGUUCUCAUCGCAGCUAUGAUGACUCCUUCGGCUUUGAGAGGAGGGAGCAGGAAGAAGAGCGGUACCGUUCUCAGAGAGACCUGCUAGAAGGCAAACGGGACAGGAGCAAGGCCAGAUCCCCAUACUCGCCAACAGAGGAAGAUGCCUUGUUUGUGGAUUUACCUGGUGGCCCAAGAGGCCAGCAUGCUCAGCCCCAGAGGAUAGAGAAGAAUGGUGUACUGCCUCCUUCCUAUGGCCCAGGAGAGCAGAAUGGGACUGGCGGGUACCAGCGGGCCUUUCCUCCCAGAGUCAACCCAGAGAAGCACAGCCAGAGGAAGACCAGCUUGGCCCAGGCAGAGCACUGGGCAAGGACCCAAAAGGGGGAUGGCAGGAGCCUUCCUGCGGACCAGACGCUUCCUCGCCAGGGUCCCAGCCAGUCUCUGAACUUCCCAGAGCACUACCAGACCCUUCCCAGGAGCACACGACACCCCUCGGGGAGCUCCUCACCCCCUCCCCGGAACCUGCCGAGUGACUACAAGUAUGCCCAGGACCGAGCUAGCCACCUGAAGAUGUCCAGCGAGGAGCGCCGGGCACACCGCGACGGCACCGUGUGGCAGCUGUACGAGUGGCAGCAGCGGCAGCAGUUCCGGCACGGCAGUCCCACAGCGCCCGUCUGUGCCGGCUCCCCAGAGUCUACCGACCAGGGCCGGAGCCGAAGCAUGCUGGAGGUGCCCCGCUCCAUCUCUGUGCCCCCAUCUCCCUCUGACCUCCCUCCCACGGCACCGCCAAGGGCCUUCCCGCCUCGGCGUCCGCACACCCCAGCGGAGAGGGUCACAGUGAAACCACCCGACCAGAGGAGAAGUGUGGACAUCUCUCUGGGGGGUUCUCCCAGGAAGGCACGUGGCCACACCAUCAAGAACUCAUCUCACGUGGACCGGCGCUCCAUGCCCUCCAUGGGCUAUAUGACACACACUGUCAGUGCUCCCAGUUUACACGGCAAGUCGGCUGAUGAUACCUACCUCCAGCUGAAGAAAGACCUAGAAUACCUGGAUCUUAAGAUGACAGGCCGAGACCUUCUCAAGGAUCGAAGUCUGAAGCCUGUGAAGAUUGCUGAGAGUGACAUUGAUGUCAAAUUGAGCAUCUUCUGCGAACAAGACAGAAUCCUCCAGGACUUAGAAGACAAGAUCCGAGCUCUAAAGGAGAACAAAGACCAGCUGGAAUCCGUACUAGAGGUAUUACACAGACAGAUGGAGCAGUACCGAGACCAGCCUCAGCACCUGGAGAAGAUUUCCUACCAGCAGAAGCUGCUUCAGGAGGAUCUUGUCCACAUCCGAGCUGAGAUCUCCAGGGAAUCCACUGAAAUGGAAAAUGCCUGGAACGAGUACCUGAAGUUGGAGAGGGACGUGGAACAGCUGAAGCAAACCCUGCAGGAGCAACACAGAAGAGCCUUUUUCUUCCAGGAGAAAUCACAGAUCCAGAAGGAUCUAUGGAGGAUUGAAGACGUCCUUGCAGGCCUGAGUGCAAAUAAAGAGAACUACCGAGUCCUGGUGGAGUCCGUCAAAAACCCAGAGAGAAAAACGGUGCCUUUGUUUCCUCACUCACCUGUGCCUUCACUCUCAAUGUCUGAGAGCAAGCCGGCCCCGCAGCCCAGCCCUCCCGCCAGCCCUGUGAGGACCCCUUUGGAGGUUCGGCUCUUCCCACAGCUGCAGACCUAUGUGCCAUACCGACCUCACCCACCACAGCUGAGGAAAGUGAUGUCCCCGCUUCAGUCACCAACUAAAGCAAAGCCCCAAGAGGAAGACGAGGCACCUCCCAGGCCCCCACUCCCUGAGCUCUACAGUCCAGAAGACCAGCCCCCAGCUGUGCCACCUCUGCCGAGGGAGUCUACCAUCAUCCGCCACACUUCCGUGCGAGGGCUCAAGCGGCAGUCGGAUGAGAGGAAGCGGGACCGGGAGCUGGGGCAGUGUGUAAAUGGGGACUCAAAGGUGGAACUCCGGUCAUAUGUUAGUGAGCCUGAGUUGGCCACUCUCAGUGGGGACAUGUCUCAGCCCUCCCUGGGACUCGUGGGCACAGAGAGCAGGUACCAGACGCUACCAGGCAGAGGGCUCUCUGGGUCCACAUCAAGGCUCCAGCAGUCAUCUACUAUUGCUCCCUACGUCACGCUCCGGAGGGGUCUAAAUCCUGAAAACAGCAAGAGACCCAAGAGUGCCUUGGAGCGCCUGUACUCAGGGGACCACCAGCGGGGCAAGAUGAGCGCAGAGGAGCAGCUCGAGCGCAUGAAGAGGCACCAGAAGGCGCUCGUCCGGGAACGCAAGAGGACACUGAGUCAAGGAGAGCGGACAGGCCUGCCCUCAUCUCGCUACCUCAGCCAGAUGCUGCCUGGAGAUCUCGGCUCAUGGAAGCGAGAGCAGGACUUUGACCUGCAGUUGCUGGAACGGGCCAUGCAAGGGGAAAGAAAGGACGAGGAGAAUGGCUGGUUGAAAGUUCAGGCUGUGCCUGUCACAGAGUUGGACCUGGAACCUCAAGACUAUGACUUGGACAUCAGCAGAGAGCUCUCCAAACCUGAGAAGGUCUCCAUCCCCGAGCGCUAUGUGGAGCUGGAUCCGGAAGAACCACCCAGCCUUGAGGAGCUGCAAGCACGGUAUCGAAAAGCCGAAAAGAUUCGCAACAUCUUAGCUCGGUCAAGCAUGUGCAACCUGCAGCCAACAUCAGGUCAGGACCGAAAUAGCCUGGCCGACCUGGACUCACAACUUCAGGAGCAGGAACGCAUCAUCAACAUCUCCUAUGCCCUGGCCUCUGAGGCCUCCCAGCGCAGCAAGCAGGUGGCAGUGCAGCAGCUGGCCCUCCUCCCGCCUAAAGGCCCCCUGUCCUCCAGGACGGUGCCACCUUACCCCCCCUUAAGCAACGGACUCCACUACACCUUUGUCUAACACCUUCCAACCCAGGCAGUGACUGAUCCAUGACUGGCCCAGUGCGCAGAGGAGCCUGGAAUCGGGGGCCCACUGGCAUCAGCUUCCUCCCAGGAGAUCAGCUAUUCUUCCCCCUCAGAAAACGCUUCCAGCUAAGCAGGGGUCCUGGCUGGCAGAAGAAACAGCCCAACACGGGGCAUUGCUCACAGGGAUCGGUCCAACAUAUACCCACCUGUUUAGUUCAGACUCCUUUUUACAUGUGACAAAGGCACUUUUGACAUAGGCUGUAAAAUACUGACACUGUAUUUUAGAAUCAGAAUGUAUUUUAUAAUGUUCAUCUCAAGGGCUGAGUGGCUAGAAAGGUGAGGCUGCAGGAUUUUUUAGUUGUGCUUAUAGAUUCGGGUACUACUGGAAUAGCAGGUAGGGAUUGGAGGGAAAGCAGAGGCCAGUCCUAUUGCUAAUGAACUCAGGUGAAAAUUGGGCUUGAGAUUACAUCAGAUUUGUUGGCAUGUUGUCCAGGAAAAGAGGGGACCACGGCUAUAGAGCUCAGCAUCCCUGACGUGACAGCCCGCUGUGGGUGCAUCUCUACCAGGAUUGUGCAUGGAGCCAUUCUAUGCCUUGGACGUGGUUUAGGUUUAGGACAACACUGUUCAAGAGCUUUGGACUCCACAACUUCAGCAAAGUUUCCCUAAGCAAAGCACUCUUCUCAGAAAAAACAACAACAACAAAAUUGGCUUCAUUAGAAAACAUACAUCGAAGAUACACAGAAAAGGUAAGAAGAAGCAACUGUACUGUAUCAGAGCAAUAAACUCCACACUGGGUGGAGUCUACCUAAAGGUGCCUGACUGAAUGACGUCCCUCCAGACAGGAGAACUUCUGUUGUCUUCCCUGGAGAAAUCCAGGACAGCUUCCCUAGGCAUGGGUCUGUUGGGAAGAGAACAGGCAAAGCGCUUGUCACCAGGAGGGCCAAGAUGGCAAGACUUUGACUUGACUUUCAGCCCAAAUAAGGCGGCCACCAAGCCAGGCUAAGUGUUUCUGGUCCUUUAUUUAAGUUGUCUCAUGAUAUUCUUCAUAUAAGAAAUAAUGUUUAAAAAGGAAAAAAAAAUUACCUCUGUUGGGUGGAGCCACUCUUUAGAUGAAAAUUUGACUAAGCUCAGAAAAAAAAAAUCUUGAAUAUAUUUAGAAGUUACUAUUUUUAACUAACUCCAUAUGCUGCCAGUAUCAACUUCAUGACAUUUGCCAAAAUAAAAUUUUAUUUUUUGCCUUUAUAAGAUUUUGUUGGAAAAAGGAAAUGAAUAUUUUGCGAGAAAAAGCUAAUUUAAAUAAAAGUGUUAAUGGUUUGCAAAAAAAAAAAAAAAGUGAUACAUAGAUUAAAAUAUUAACCCGAUGUG